CUCAAAAUGUCAGGGCCCUCUCUAAAAAUCAGGGGGUCGGAAGAUAUUUAUUGAUGGACACUUUUCCGUUACAGGAUAUUGCAGCAUGAAGAAGGAGCAAGUUGUCAAUUGUCAGUUUUCGGUUUGGUAUCCGAUAUUCAAGAAACAUACGAUUAAAAGUCAGAUUAUCCCACUGCCUCAGAAUGUAAUAGACUAUUUACUGGACGAUGGGACACUGGUAGUGUCUGGGAGUGACCACAACACGCAGCAGACACACACUAAUAACAGCGACUCGAAUGCAGAGGAGGACAUUCAGUGGUCAGAUGAUGAGACAACCACCACUGUCACUGCUCCUGAGUUCCCAGAAUUCUCCUCUGAAGUGCUGGAGGCCAUAAACGCCCUGGGUGGGCGCAUCUUUCCCAAACUCAACUGGAGCGCUCCACGGGAUGCUAACUGGAUUGCUCUGAACAGUUCCCUGCAGUGUCACAGCCUCAGCGAUAUAUUUCUACUCUUCAAAAGUUCAGACUUCAUCACCCACGACCUCACGCAGCCAUUCCUUCUGUGUAGUGACCAGGACUCCCCAGAUCCAGUCAUAAACUAUGAGCUGGUCCUGAGAAAGUGGAGCGAGCUGAUUCCUGGUGGAGAGUUUCGCUGCUUCGUCAAAGAAAACAAACUGAUCGCUAUCUCCCCGAGAGACUACACUCAGUAUUACCAGCACAUCUUGAAGCAGGAGGAGCAGAUCUGUCAGGCCAUACAGCAAUUCUUCAGCCAGCACAUCCAGUACAACUUUCUGGACGAAGACUUUGUUUUUGAUGUCUACAGAGAUAGCCAGGGGAGGGUGUGGCUGAUAGACCUGAACCCGUUCGGAGAGGUGACAGACUCGCUGCUGUUCAGCUGGGAGGAGCUGACGUCUGGUGGGGAAAUCACCCAGCAGCAGGAAGGCCCGGUGUUUCGCUACACCACCAGCGAGGUGACGGUGCAGCCCAGUCCCUGCCUGAGCUACAGAAUCCCACGGGACUUUGUUGACCUCUCCACCGGAGAAGACGCCUACAAACUCAUCGACUUCCUCAAACUGAAGAAAAGCCAACAGGAAGAUUCUGAGGAGGAGGAAGAGGAGGAGGAGAGCGCACCACAGUGACACGCUUCCUCUGAAACCUGAAGAAGAGCUGCAACAGCCCUCCAUAUAAUGUUUCCUGCAUGAAGUGACUCUCUACCCUCUGUCCUGUAUGAGCUCAUUCUCUAUUUCUUCUGUGAACAGUACGUGGUGUACCCGGGGUUUCUCUAACGGCUCUCUCGUGUUAGUCUAAUGGAACAUGUUAAAUUAGCAGAUCACGUUAACAGCUCUUUGAGGAAUCAUUUUCUGUUGAGCUGUUGUUUGCCUCUGACGCUGCCGAGUGCCGUCUUGCUGAUCGCAAUGGCUCGGUGAGACGGGGGAGGGAGGCCUCUGCAGUGUUUUUCAGUUUUUGGGGGAAUGAUUAGUUGUUGUUUUUUUUUUAUGGGGGGAAAAAUCUGUUACUGCAAGGGGAUGGUAUUCACUAACACUGUAAAGAAUGCCUGCUUUUCUACUUUUGUGUGCAUAAUAGUUUAUGUAUCUUUAUUGCAUCCCAAAUAGUGUCUCUGGAUUUAAAAUGAACUAGUCCGCACACACAUUUGAUUGUAUGUCUGUUUGUGUGUUACUUGAGGCUGAGACAGACUUCUUAAUUUAACACUAAAGCUGUUCAUCACUGAGUCACCUUUUAAUUUUUCUUUCCAGCCAUCCCUGCUCCUCCAUCUCUCCCCGCCACUUUCCUCUGAGCCGUUUUGACACACUCAUUGCUCCGAGGCGCUCCGGGCACUCUUUUUGAGUCCUGUUCUCCCAUCAUGCAUCGCUGUAGACUGUUGCUCCAAAAAACACCAUUAAACUUCUUGUCGUGUA